AUCAUCAUCAUCAUCGUCGUCAUGAAAAAGGAGGUGAUAAGAAGUUGGAGCAAACGAGAUCCGAUUUCCUCCACUUCUAGGCCGCUGUGCAAGGAGAGGAAGGCUGUGUGAAUUAUUGCUAACACUCUGCACUGCCAAUUGAAACGAAACUAAGCCAGAACGCCACCAAAUAGGACCACACAUAAAAAAGAAGGUCGCCUUCCACUCCCCCCAUUCAUAUCAUCCUCCACAACUUGUUUGUGAAAGACAGCUAUUACGAACUCUGGUGACAUGCCUGCCCCACAAGUCAACUCGCUCCUUGAUUAAUCCCAUAAUGCUCAUAUAACGAGGGGAUGAUUAGUGCGAUUGGAAAAUUAGUGAUGUUCUCCUCCCUCGUCACAAGUGAUACAACAACAGUAGUGAGAUUAUACAUAUAACGCAGAUUUCAUAAAAAGAUAAAAGUGGUGCACUCGAACUCGAUUCUAGCUGCAAUAAUAAUAGGCAGAUUUAUCAGCGGAGGUGAGUGAACUGUGCGACAAUUAGUGCAGGGUGGAAUGUCGGGCCAUGGGGGUAGAUGGCCACCGGGCAGCGGUGGCGGAAAUAAUAGCAGCCGACCGCAAUCGCCUUCUCCUUUUCGAGGCCCACCGCCACCACGCCCACCUGGAUGGGCGUCCCCAGUACCGCUUAGAAUGACCCAGUCCCCACCACCCUUCCUCAUCCGGCCCAUGGUUGGUGGUGGUCAAGGUCAGGGUCAAAGUUCGCCAUUUGGUCGACCCAGUUGCACAUCGCCCUUCAGCCCUCCAGCACCCCCACAGGGCAUGAUACAAAUGCAACCACCACUGAGAUGGACACCAAGCCCGGGACCAGGCACGCCACCACCGCGACACCAUCCCUUCGCUGGACACGGCACACCUCCGCCAAGACCUGUCUUCAGGCCACUCAUGCAGAGUCCGGCUCCUGGUCACCCAGCACCGCCCCCACCACCUUUCAGCCCAGAACUCAUCCAACUCCAACCUUCGUUCGACAUGGAGUUUGUCUAUCCAAGUGGCAUGGAUCCCGACUCGAUUCGGCGACACCACGCCAUGUCGAUUCCCCAGGAAAGCGUCGACGAUGGGCCUUCUACUGCAGAUAUCAUUGCGGCCCAGUCACAAGAUUACGUGGACGAAAGACUAGCCGAGUACCAGGCGACAAUUCAACAUCUUCAGGAUGAGCAGGAGAGGGUUCAAAAGAAGACUUUUGUUAACUGGAUCAACUCGUACCUCGCCAAGCACGUUCCUCCGCUGCACAUUGUGGACCUUAUCGAGGGUCUAAAGGACGGUACCCACCUUCUGGCCCUCCUUCAAGUCCUCUCCGGCGAAAGACUGCCCGUGGAACGAGGACGGAACGCCAAACGACCCCACUUUCUCAGCAACUGCAACACUGCCUUAGAAUUCCUGCAGAGGAAAAAGAUUAAACUGGUCAACAUAAAUUCUUCUGACCUGGUGGACGGGAGACCGGCCGUCGUUCUUGGACUUGUUUGGACAAUCAUCCUCUACUUCCAGCUUCGUUGUAGGGACCCCAAAGUGAUCGAGGAGAACACGAAGGUGCUGGCCAGUCUGGGCUACCGUUUCGGCGCCCCCACGCCCACCCCGACUUCACAACUCGACGGUGGCAGAUCAGACUCUGCAUCGCCAAAGACAACGACCCCCAGCACGCUUGGACGCAUGACCCCGUCAGAUCGGUGGAGAGACGGAGCACGAAAAGCACUUCUAGCCUGGGUCAAAGAAGUUGCCCACAAGAGAUUCGGUGUGGCGGUGAAUGACUUUGGAUUGAGCUGGCGGGACGGGAACGCUUUUCUCGCCAUCAUCAACAGUAUCCAUCCCGGCCUAGUUGACAUGGAGGGACUGCGCCACGCCUCAAAUCGCACUCGCCUGGAGACGGCGUUCAGAGUGGCGGAACAAGAGUUGGGCGUGACCCGUUUGCUUGACCCCGAGGACGUGGAUGUGCCCCGACCUGACGAAAAGUCAAUCAUGACCUACGUAGCCCAAUUCCUCCACAAAAGUAAUGAGCCCCGUCUUCAGGCCGACUCGUUCUCCUCUGUCCAAGGGCUAUACGACGAGCUGCAAACGUGGCUGAUGCAGAAGACUCAAUACAUCGAACACAUGAAACAGACAGGGGCACUUCCCCUCUCCUUCCAACAGUACGAAGCCAUCCACUCUGAGUUCCAGUUGAAGCAGGAGCAGUACCACAGGCUCAAAACAUUGAUCGAAUCUCACUCCCAAGUUGGAAUCACGCCAGAAUCGUGGUCCCAACUCCAGUCGCUCUGGAGAAAGUUGGAGUCUCAGUUGAAGGAGUGGGAGUGGAGGCUUGAUGCUGCCUUGCCAGAUCCCUUCGGAUCGUUUGGCGAGUGGCUCGCAAAAGCAGAAAUUCUAGUCAUGGGUGAUGACGUACCUUCCGUGAUGGACGAUGAAGCUGCCAGAAUUCUUAACGCCAAAAUAGAAGACCACAAAGCAUUUUUCAUAAAGUUGCCAGAAGUGUUGUCCCAAUUCACAGAGGCUCUGGACACUCCCAUAGCUAACCAAGUGCCUUCCGGACAAUUGCAGUCGAUGGCCACGAGACUUCACGCGAUUGGACCACUUGCGACGAAGCGAGCUGUCAAACUGAAAUUCCUGGAACAUAAGUGCUGUUUGGUAGCGUUUAUCGUUCUUGUCGAGAAUAGACUGAAACAAUGGACUGUAAAAUACGGGAGAGAGGAUCACGUGAAAACACUUCUCGAUGCCUACAACAACUUUGUCAACAGGAACAAGAUUUUCCAAGAGUUUGAAAGAGCUUAUAUUGAUAUGCAACAUGUGAUUGAAGAAUUUAAACGGGAGGGAGGAAUCGACACACGAGAAGGUCGCGUGGCGGACCACUUUUUAUGGGAAAUUGGUGAACGGUGGAAGUCUGUGAGCAUGGAGCUCCGAUGUCUUCAGAGCAUGUUAGAGGAGGUGAUCGCAUACUGGAGGCGAUACGACUCGGUGGCCCCUGAGUUGGAAAACUGGAUUGACCGAUCUCUCCCCAUGGUCUCUCACCUCCCGGAGGAAGAACGGAUGGAAUACUUCCAAGACCUUGGCGUCUGGCACGACAAGUUUAACCUGCUCAACGACACAGUCUCCUUCCUCGGAGCCACAUGCGAUCCCAGCGUGGUGGAUGACCUGAAAAUUCACUUUUCCGUCCUCACGUCCAAGUGGGAGGCCCUUUUUAGUCACGUCAAGCAGUACAAGUACGCUGGACAGAUGCUUCGAAUGCGAAAAGACUUUCUCCAAACGCUUUCAGGCCUUCAGAAAUGGCUCCGAAAUUCGGAAGAAAUUUUGGGCGCCCCCCACCCUCAAAAUCUGGAUGCUGCAAAAGAUUAUCAGAACUCACUCCAGAAAAUAAUGGCUGAAAUUGACGAUAAAGACGAAGAGUGGCGUGUCAUUAGUAAAAAGUUCCAAGCCCUACUUCCCGAACUGGCCGGGGACGAGGUAGACCGACUGAUGAAGACGAUUAAAAAAGAGAAAGAAUGCUUGGUCCGCAUCCGUGGCGGGGUGCCUCAACGGCAAGCACAGAUUCAUCAACUCCUGACACAGCAAGAAUCCUUGGAGGCAGGGCAACAGGAGAUCGCCGAGUGGUUAAGCAGUGCCGAAGUCCUUCUGAAUUCACACGUUCUCACGGGUGGCCCCCAACAGCUGCAGCAACUGUUGGACAGACAUCGCCAAUUUUUUGCCAAAACUCUCUACUACAAGACGAUGCUGGAGAGCAAGAGCAAAGUGGUGGGAGGGAUUGUUCGAUCCGGAGAACGAGGUCCAGGUGUGGAACAUCUAGUCAAGAACAUGCAACUCUUAACGGACCACUUCAAACGAGUAGAGCAGAGUGGGCAGGCUUGGGAACACAAGUUGACAGAGUGUAUCCGUUGUUGGCGAAACUAUGACGAGAACAAGCAAACUGUGAUUGACUGGAUGGGCACAGCCGAAAAACUGUUGCAGGAAAGGAACCUCGAGUCAAAACAAACGGUGGAGGCACACAAGAAUUAUUUUGACCAAAUCAACGAUCGUCCGGUGCGCCACAUGACGCAAGCAAGUCGUGAUCUCCAACAGUGGGUCAGCCCCGAAGAGAUGGAUCACAUCAACAAGACUGUAACACAACUUCAAGCCAAGUGGAGUAAAAUAAUGGCAGCAGCUCCGAUCCAUCUAGCCAAACUAGAGUUUCGACUGGAGGAGGAUAACUUGGCUUCCUUGCUCAAAGAGAUGGACAGAGAGAUUACCAAUGAGCAUCAACUCCUCAACCGGAAGGAGGACUCACAAGCAGUAUUAAGCAGACACAUGACGUUCUUCGACAAGGGGAAGGUGAGCCAUGAUGCAAAGGCCUGCUUGACAAAGUUGAGCCAGAUGGAGUCGCGCUACACGGUCCAACACCCAGAGGACACGAGUCUCAAGGAACAACUGUCCCAAGCCAAGGCUGCCUCCAACACCAUCACUGAACGCAUCAAGAAUUUGCGAGUCAUUUUAGAAGAAAUCCCUGUCCAGAUGAAUGCCUAUAAAGCAAAGUAUGAGGAGGUUGUGCUCUGGAUGGACUCGGUGGACGUGGCCUUGAAGAGUAUUCUAGUCGAAUGCACCGACACCGUUCAAUUUGAGACUGAAAAAGCCAAAUUCGUGGAAAUUUGUCGUGAAGUUGACCGUCGUCGCGAAGAUAUGAAGCAGUUGGUCCAGAUGUUGGAUUCCCUCGUGUCCCGCAGAGCAGACGAGGAGGCGUUGAGAGAGCAAGACCAACUUGAGCAACUUAUCACGCGAUACAAGAAUCUUGUCCCCACAAUUGAAAUGACCAUGAUUAAAACGGACGUCUACUCUCGCUGCUACACGUAUCGAGAGGAAACUCAUCGCGUCAUUGGUGCCCUGGGAAAUGUGGACGACUUCGCCGUGAACGAGACGCAACCCUCUUCUCUCGAAGAACUCGAACACCUCAUUGGGCAGCAACACAAUUUCAUCAAACAGUUGGACGGCCAGCGGACCACGAUCGUCAGCUUGCUCCAAAAGGGGAAAGACUUGCAGAAGGAUGUCCACUCGCCAAAAUUUAUUCCGCAGCAAGUGCAACUCUUGGACAGCACCUGGAACGACACAUAUUCUCACGCUUCCGACAAACUGAAACAGUUGAAAGGGGUGCAGAAAGUGUGGCUCGAGUAUAGUUCUCAACGAGACGAUAUUCUUAACCUCUUGGGCCAAGCAGAGUUCGAACUCAAGAAACUAGUGCCAAAGCAUGACCCCAAACAAGUAGCAAUGGAACUUCGGGCGAAGCAGGACAUGAGCAUCGCGCUGAGAGAGGCAACGGAGAACAUGUUGAAGAGAUUGAGAGAAUUGGCAGUGUCUUUGGGCAGCGUUUCCGCACCCGAGAAGGCGAGCGUUUUGGAAGAUGAAGUAGGCGAGAUUGAAGAGCGGCUCAAAUCCAUGGUCGUUUUGUUGGACAACAAAGUAAAGCACUUGGGAGAGUCGAACGCAAAGUGGGGAGCCUUGGGUGACAAGAUGGAGGAAAUGCGAGGAUGGAUGAAGGGGGCGCAGAAAGCAGUUCAACAACUACUCUCCGCCAAUCUCAGUCCAGAGGAGAAGCUUAGAAAGACAAAAGAAUUGCAAGCGGAGAUUGGGCGUCGAAUGGGGAUGUUGCAAGCGUUGGAGAAGGAAGCACAAGAGCUUUUGAGGGCAGAGGCGGCUGAGGCCGAAGGGGAGAAGAGUGGAGACGACAAAUCAUCAAGCGUCAUGACACCCAUCCAAAACCAGGUCGUGUUGCAACAAGUGGAUUCCAUGAAAGAGGAGCUGGUAAAUCUACACGAGACCGUGGCAGUUCAAAACGCAGCCACGUCGCAGGUCAUGGCAGAGUUGGAGGAGUGCAAAGCAGAAUUGGGCCAAGUGACGCCAUGGUUGGACGCGGCCGAAGUCAAAAUUGCCAUGGGUUGGGGUAAACCCACUGUUCUUGGAGACGCUAAACAAUUGGUGAGCCAGUUGGCCGCCUUUUCCACCGAGUGUGCUGCUCAGCAGGGGAAAAUCUCUACCACUGCGAAACGGAGCGAGAAAAUUGGUCCCCUUGCGUUGGACGAGAUGGAAUUAGCCGUCACAAAAUGGGGCACAAUUCACAAUGCUGUAUCGCAAAAUAAAGAAAAGGCAGAGUUAUUGCUCAAAAAUUGGGAAAAGUAUGAUUCCUCGGUCGAGUCCUUUGGGAAAUGGUUGACUGCAACGGAAACGGCACUCCAGAAACCGCUCGAUCGACGAAUGAUGACUAUUCCACAGCUUGAACUCGCCCUCACAGAACUGAAGGCUGUGAAUAAGGGGAUUUCCGACCAUCAGUCGAAAUUGAUUGGAGUCACACAAGAGUGUGACUCUGUCGUACAAGGAGUUUCCCCCGAAGGGGCCACUGCUCUCAAUGCCAGCCUCACCAAGCUCAAAGCACGACUCUCUGCCGUGUCCAACGAAGUUCGGGGCAAACUUAAUUACCUCUCCGACUCCAUCAUAGCACGACAAGAAUUUGAUGCCAAAGCUGCCGACUUUGCUUCUUGGGUGGCCGACUUUGAAGGAAAGCAAAAGGCCAGUGACGUUUACUACGACAAGUUGGACCAGGCCAUGGGCACUCUGCACGCUGCGAUGCAAGAGCAUGCUGACCAUCUUGGCCAAUUUAAGGAGCUAGAGGAGGAUGUAAAAAUGUACAAGGCUGGACUUGCCGGCCCUGCGACCUUUGAAGAGCUGGGUUCCCAAUUAGCAUUGAGGAAGGACCUGCUCAGCCAGUGGAUUCACUUGUCGGGAUGGGUUUCCGAAACCAACGCGGCCAUCGAGUAUUGCAACAAACAGUUGAUGACGCCAGGAAUUAAAAAGAGUAAAAUCCACGAGAUUGAACACACUCUGGACAAUUUGGGUGAAAAAUGUGAAGAGUGGUUGCCAAAAGCUUUGAAGUUGGAUGAGACGUGCCUUUCUGCCAAUUUCGCUGUCCUCGACAAAUCUUCCUCUCUUCCAUUGAGGGCAGAGAAACUGGUUUUGGACACCAAGCAAAAACUUUCAAGAUCUCAAAAGAGCUCGGCUGAUCUGAUCCAACAAACGGAAAAAAUUGGAUCUCAGAUGGAAAAGUUAAAGGAGCUGGACUCUGAGCUAAAAAGAUAUUUUGCUGACACAUCGAAAUCAUUGGAGCUGCUCAAACCAGAAAAAUGCACCCUGGAGGGAGUGGAAGGAACGAAGGAUAAGCUACAAAAAUUGGUAGAAAAUCACGCCGGGAUGGAGAAGCUGAAGGCGAGCGUCGUUGCGCUGGGGACCGACCUGAUUCGUUCCGACCCAAACAGCUCUUCCGAGUUUACUCCUCUCCUCAAAUCCGUGUCCGACAAUUAUGAUCGUUUACAAGGGGCGAUGACAUCGAAAUGGGAAGGACUGGUUGAUGGAGUGCACCUCUGGAAAAAGUAUGGCGAGGCCAAAGAAGCUGCUCAGGCCUUGUUGCGUGAAGGAGACAAAUUGGCGUCGCCAGUGCUUACACAAGUCCCCUCAAAUUCGGCGGAGGCCUCCUCUCUUUUGGAGGCGCUCAAACGUGCAGCCGAUCUUUUAAACAAGAAAAAAAUUGUGGUCGAGAAUUGUGGGGCGCUAAACCAACAACUCUGCUCCUGUCUUGGACCCCUCACAGACACUGCCAGCUUGGGUCAGGAGAUGGCCGGGAUUAAAGGCUCUUACGACACUUUGUCAAAGGCCGUAACGACGCACAUCCCGAAAUUGGAGACACAUCUCCUCCUCUGGAGAAACAUAGAAACGGUGCAAGACGAGCUGGACAAAUGGCUUGAUGACACCUUCUCAUCCCUCCAAGACACCCAGUCCGGUCUGGGAAAUAGUGAGCUGGCUCGGAUGAAACUUGGCCAGUACAAAGACGAGCUGGGCGACAAGUACAAUGCAAAAAUGUCCCUCAUCUCCAAGGUCAAUCAACUCAAGAAAAUGAGUGGAGGGAGCCCUGGGUUUCCAAAAUUGGACGAGCUUGUGACCAACUUGGAUAACAAGUUCAGAGCUCUGGACCUCUUGUCGAAAGACUUGGAGAAAACCUUGGGCUCGUUCGAAGAUAAGGAACACGAGAUCAAGACUGCACUUAAAGGAAAUACGGACGCUUUGAUCAAGCUGAAGGAGGGUAUUUCCAAGUGUGAAGAUAGAAGUGGAACUCCGGCCGAUCUCAUUGCACGAAUUCAAGUCCUCAAACGAGCAAAAUUGGACGUAGAUGCUCUGAAACCUCACAUUGAGUCAGUCUCGGCCAAAAUUACCUCUCUGAAGGAGCAACACCCCUCGUGGGACAAUUCAAUGACUCUCAACGACAUGAAAACACAAAAAAAGCGGCUCACAAUUUGCGAAAACCAGGCAAAUAUGGUUCAAGCUGCGCUGAUUACUGUUCUAGAAAAGAAUUUCCAAGACAAAUAUAAUUCGCUCGCCAAGAUCGUGCACGGACUAUUGGAAAAGAUAAAGUGGUGCGACCCAUCCUCCAUCAGCGAUAAUUUUAGCCUGGAGGCCAAAAAGUCGUCUUUGGCCGAGGUGGGAGAAGGGGUGAAGGAGGCGCAUGAAAAGAUUCCUCCUCUCCAGGACGCCUUUUCCGUCCUCAAGGAAAUCCCGAGUGCUGACUACAUCCCUAAACUUCAGGAGCACGGUGACACGCUGAACAAGAUUUUAAACGAUCUCAUGAUUGUGGAGAAGAAUCACAAGCACAUGCAAACCAAGUUUAACGACCUGGCCAACCUCUGGCAUUCUUUCGACAGAGAUGCCGACCAGCUCGGAGCUUGGCUCAAGGACUUUGAAAAUAUUGUGCGAAAUGAAACUCUGAGUCAGAUUAGUCUUCCCGAACUCCACGACAAGAUCAACGAGACUAAUAACCUGUUAAGAGAUGUGAAACAAUGUGAAGAAAAACUUAAAGACUUGAACAGCACAAGCAGUCGUAUUCUUCAACUUUCUCCAGAUUCGAGAACUGGUCAGAUUCAGACUCACUUGACCAACAGGGUGGCUGCAGUAGCCAAAUUUUUGAAUAAUUUGAAAGAAAAGUUGAGUGACCUUGAUGGGUGCAAGGACAAGUUUGACGGACUCCUGAAGGAUGCCAACAGCUAUAUUGACAGUGCGAAUAAGAAGAUGACGACGUUGGACAAAUCGAGUGCGACCCAUCAAGCAAAGCUGGAUCAGGUGAAGGAAAUAUUGGAGUGCAAGGAGGGUUUGGACCUCCUCAACCGAACGAUGGAGGCAGGAGAGAGCAUAAUUGCUGGCGUCACGGCGGAAAGCAAGGAAAGUGUGCGUAAAGACUUGAGGGAUUUGAGGGACAAAUGGGAAGCUCACCUCGACACGGGAAAUGCCAUGGCCAAACGAAUGGAAGCCUUGCAAAUGCAGUGGACUACGUUUGAUGAGAGUGUGACCCAGUUGGACAAGUGGUUAAAGGACGUAUCCUCCAAAGCAGAAAAGAGUGCAGAAUCUCUCUACCCGACGCUUUUGGAGAAAAAGAGUGGGCUUCAGUCGAGGAGAACGCUGCUCCAAGAUGUGUGUUCACACGGGGACAUCAUCCUUGGUUUACAGGGAAAAGCCACCGAGUUUCCAGACUCUUCCCCCAGACUCACAUCCUUUUCCAAGGAGUACGAGAUGCUCAAGAAGAGGACACAAGAAUGUGUCUCAGAAUCCGAACUUUACGUCACGGACCACGAGCAAUUUGACUUCCUUAUCGACUCCUUCAGCGACUGGCUUAAACGACUCCAGGGUGAACUCGAUACUGCGUCGUCAGCGGACAUGGGCGACACAGAGUCCCGUCUCCACACGCUCAAACAACUUCAACUCCAAUUUCCUGAAGGGAACGGACAGCUGGUCAAAUGUGAGAAACAACUGGCCACGAUUCUUCCUCAAACCCACCCCUCGGGUCGCGACACCUUACAGGUCACUCUGACCGAGUUGAAACGCGCCUUCCAGGACUUUCAGUCCAGCUGUGGUUCGAGGAAGGAGAAGUUGGAGAAGGAGCACGGCAAGCUGAGCCAGUUUCAGAAGGAAGUGGACGAAUUGUUGAGUUGGCUGAAGCAAAAGGAGUUCCAGGUGAGGGACCCUUCAUUGAAAAGCACUGUUGAGGCCAAGUCUGCCCAUCUGUCAAAACUGGAGAGCAUUUCGGGAGAGAUGGGAAAGCAAGAGCCACAAUUUACUCAACUCGUCCAGGACUCGGAAUCACUGGACCCCGAACUGCAGAGCCAAGCGGUGGAGAUGAACAGCCGAUUCGUCGCCUUGGCGCAACCGGUUCAAGAGAAUAUCAACCGAUACAAAGGCUGGCUGAGGGCACACGAAUCCUUCAACAUUGCUCAUGCCCAGUUCCUAAGAUGGGUGGAGGGGAUGAAAAAGGACACGAAAGAAUUGAGCGAAGUUCUCGGUGACAUGAGUGUGCUACAGGAUCGGAGACAGCAACUAUCCGCCUUGAUGGAUCAACGCAACCUGAAAACCCCUGAAAUGGAGAGUCUCGUCGAAUCUGGAGAAAAACUGUAUUCUCAAACAAGCCCAGAUGGACGCGAAAUAAUUCGGCAGCAAAUCCGAACGGUUCGCGACGGAUGGGAGACGUUGGGCGAACAGAUGCAAUCAUCCUGGCAAAAGAUUGACGCCUGCCUGUCCCAAUUUGGAGACUUUGCCACUUCGCAAGAAGACCUGACCAAAUGGAUUCAGUCCAUCGAGUCGUCUAUCCAGAUUCAUACUCAACCCAAAGCCACACUUCAGGAAAAAAGAGCCCAGCUACAAAAUCACAAAAUUGUCAACCAGGAAAUCGCGUCGCAUCAGGUUUUAGUGGAAGCAGUGUGCGAGAAGGCAACACAGUUGGUGGACUUGACUCAAGACUCGUCACUCCAGGGCUACAUUUCUUCCAUUAAAACACUCUUCCAGGACAUCAAGAGAAAGUCUAAAACCUUAUUGGAUCGUCUUGAAUCCUCCGUGGCUGACCAUGUGAUGUUGAACGAGGUCAUGCGGGAAUACAACGACUGGAAGACUGGACAGCGGGACAAGAUUAGCUCCCUCGAAGACGUAACUGGUGAGAAGGCGGACAUCGUUAGGAGACUAGAACAACUGGAAAGUCUCAAAGUUGAUGCCCGUGGAACGCAACUGCUCGAAAAGAUGGAGGAAAUCGCCGGAACCGUAUGUCUCAGUACGUCCGAGGCGGGCUCGAAAUCUAUUGAAUCUGAGGUUUCAGCUGCCAGGGACGGUCACGAGAAGCUUGCGGAUGACAUUGACCAACGUCUUCAACGCUUGCAAGCCAUGCUAACCAACUGGCAAACCUUUGAAGCGGGGCUGCAGAACUACACAAAAUGGUUUCGUGAGCAAGAAGCCGUCUUCCGAUCUCAAGUUCUCCAAAAUACCCUUCCCGAAAAAGAACAGGCGCUGGAGAAUUUUGUUAAGCAACGCCAAGUCGUGACUACAUUUGAGAAGGAAGUGACCGGGUUUCUCGACCAGAGCCACACGCUCUUGCAAACUUCCAAUGCAGAGCGCAUAAAACCACUCGUGAUGCAGAUUAGCAAUCGCUACCAGUUGCUCCACGUCCUCAGCAAAGAGGUGGUGAAUAAAUGGCAAGGAAUAGUUGACGACCACGCCGCCUUUGACACCAUAUUCUUAGAAGCCUCCGAUCUCCUCUCCGCUUUUGAGCACAAUCACGCCCGACUGUUGGACGAGCCCAAUUUGGAGCAAAGAAAUUCUCGCCUGGCUGCCCUUACUUCUGAAAAGGAACAAAUAUCCCUUAAAAUCAGCGUUCUAGUCCAAAUGGGCGAAAAACUGUUUCCAGACACAGGUGCGAAUGGGAGAGAGAAGAUUCGCCAAGACCUGCGCUCUCUGCGGGACCGAUUCGACCUCGUGGGCCAGGAAAUGGCAGAACUUCAAAAGAAGCAAAGUAGCGAGAGUCAGCAGUGGGACAUUUAUCACGACCAGUUGCAGUCCACGCUCGCCUGGUUGACAUCCAUGGAGGCAGCUGUAGCUGCAGCUACCGAACCACCAAACUGGCUUUCCGUUCCCGAUACAAAGUCCAAGCUUAUGAGGGUCAAAGGUGUUUUGCAAGACGCCAUUUCACACAGACGAGUGGUGGAAGGUGUGAUUGAAAAAGCUGAAGCGCUCUUGGCCAAGAAACCAUUUGGUUCUGUCAACCCCGAACAACUCAAGUCCACCAUUGACGACAUCAACACUCGAUACGAAUCCUUGCUGAAUCACAUGCUCACAGCGAUCACCGGGAUGGAAGAGACGUGUGACCUGGUUCAAGGAUGGAAUGAUGCAUCUAAAAAGGAGGCCGACUGGCAGAAAAACCAGUGGGAGCAACUUAAUCUGUGCACGGACUACUCUGGAGGGAAGCCGGCCCUUCAGAGCAGACUUAGCAAAGUGGUCGAGUUGCAGGCCGGGUUCGGCGAGGGUGAGGCGUUGCUGGGAACACUGGACGCCACCCUCACUUCGCUGAGUGAAAAGCUGCCAUCUGCCUCCAAAGAGAGCUUGGCCAAGGAUCUCACAAACAUGAAGUUUGACAUUGACAAGUUGCGCAGUGGGGCGGAGGACGUGCGUCACACUUUGCAGGAGCGACUCCAACAAUGGGGAGAGUAUGAGGAUGGGUUUGAGCGUUUGUUGUGCUGGUUGGGCGAGGCGGAGGGGACACUCAAAGCAUACGCCCUUUGCAACAAGUUGGACGAGAAGGAGGCACAAAUGGGCAAGUAUCAGGAUUUUGCAAAAGUAGUAGAAUCCCGGGACAGAAUGGUCGAGGACACGGUCCAUCUUGCUGACCACAUACAGCAAACUUUGCUCAAGACGCUCAAAGACAACGAGGCGUCAUUCGACAAGAUUUGCUUGGAGAGUUCCGAGUUAAUGCAGGCUACGGGCGAGUCGAGAAUUGCAAGCAACAUCCAACAAAUCACCUCACGCUUCCAAUCCAUACAAAUGACUGCAAAGGAAAUUUUGAAAAAGUGCGAAGAAGCCGUCUCCGAUCAUAAGACUUAUAAUGACAAGUAUUCCAAAUUUGUGAACAUGAUGACCCAGAAUGUUGGAGAGAAAGCGGCUGCACUGAACUCGUUGGAAGGGACUCAAGAGAGUCUUAGUGCCAGGUUGGCUGCCAUCGAAGCCUUGGAAGCGACGAGACCCUCACACCUGGCCGCCUUAAACAGCGUAGUGGAGGAUGGGGAGAAACUCUACCCGUCCACUGCUGACGAGGGGAGGGAGGUCAUCAGGAUGGAAUUACAACGACUCCAAACCUCCUUCGACAUGGCAUAUGACGAUCUCAGCGCAUUAGAAAGGAGCUUGAGCAACAAGCUAAACAAGUGGUCUGGUUUUGAGGAGAGCAAGAAUAAGUUGAAGGGCUGGUUGGGGAAGCUGGACAUGCCGAAAGAAAUUAUUCUUCACGCCACACUAGACGAGAAGCGACACCAACUGCAGCAGUAUCGAAGCCUCCUCUACGACAUACUUUCACAUCAGCAGGACGUACUAGAACUGCAGGGGAUGGCCUCUUCCUUGUCCGAGGGGGCGGAGGACGCAGCUAAAUAUGUUGACUCCCUUAGCGAAAAACAUGGCAGCGCAUUGACCAAGGCGAAGGAUUUCGUAGAGCAGUAUGAGGGCAUCGUCUGUUUUCAUCAACAGUACAGUAAAGCUGUACAAGACACGACUGAAUGGGUCGAUGGUACUCACUCGACCGUUCUUAUGUGGAGCGAUGACAAUCAGGAAAGAAUCAACCUGCAUGCCAAUCUGGAGAAACUUAAGAAUCUGCACAUGAGCUUUCCCGAGGAGGAAUAUCGGAUCGAGGAGAUUCGAAGUGUUGCGGAGAAAGUAAUUCCAGGAACGGUUGAGACUGGUCAGCCUAAUAUUCGGGCUCAGGUGGAUAGUUCACAGCAAGAGUGGGAAGCCCUCCAAUCUGCUGUGGGAUCGAGCAUCGAGUCUUUAGUCCUCAAGUUACAACUGUGGAAUGAUUUUGAGGGUCAGAAGGAGGCUUGCAUGGUCUGGUUGAAGGCGACAGAGUCCAAACUUCACGCUGUUGACUUGCAACCCAGUCUCGACGGGAAAAUGAAACAGCUUAACUCGCUCCUUAGUUUACAGGGCGAAAUUAAGGCGAAGGAACUAGAAUUGGACGCGAUCUCAGAGCUGGCACUAAAUCUACAACGACAAGUCAUGUCCUCGAAGAGGGAGUCGGGAGUUUCCUCAUCAGAUCUCUCCAUAAAGUAUCAGCAAAUCUCGCACAAAAUUAAGGAACUUACAAGCAAGUGGGAGGGCUAUGUCAUUUCGCACCAAGAUUUUGACUCCCACAUCGACACCUGCUGCCAGUGGUUGGAUGACAUGAAGGACAAGUUGGCCUAUUGCUCCGACCUCUCGGGAGUCACUUUCUCACAUAAGGAUCUAGAAGCCAAGCUUGGAACUGUUCAUGAUUUGCUUAUGUACAAGGACGAAGGUUAUGCCAAGAUUCAGAGUGUGGUAGAAAUGGCUCAAAGCAUCCUCGCCAACACAGCCACCACUGGCCACCAAGCAAUUAAUGACGCCGUACAGAAAGUGCAAGAUGAGUGGAGCACUUUGGCCGCCAAAAUGGUGGACACGAAAAAUCAGCUCGACGAAAACAUAACGAAAUGGUCUGGAUUUUUAGAACAAAUUCACCAACUUCGCAAAACUACCGACUACUUGCAAUCUGUGUUGAAAGAUGUAACACCGUUUUUGGCCACCUUGCAAGAAAAACGCUCACAACUGGACACGAUUCGAAAUCUUGAAGAAAAAAUGGUCUGUGAACGCCUUGAGGUUGAAGGUUUAAAAGCCAAAGCCUCCGAAAUGAUGGCCUCAGGACAGCAAAGCCAAGCAGCCAGCCAAGCGCAGGAAGUCCUCAAAACUUUUGACACUGUGGGUGAUGAAAUAAGAAAACUUUUAAUCGACCGAGAAGCUCAGUUUCGAGAUCAUAAAGUAUACGCUGAAGCUUUGGAAGAGCUAACUGGAUGGUUAAACCGCACAAAGGAAAAGAUCCCAUCCUUCAAACAGCGCUCUUUGGGGGAUCGGCUCAUGGAUGUGGAGUCGGCGGGUGCAAUGUUGGCUUCAUUGAUGAAUAAGAAGCCACAAGGAUCACUUCUUGUCGAGAGGUUGCAGCAGUCGGGGGAAGUGGCGUCUGCGUCGUCCUCCCCAACUGGGAAGUCAGCAAUCCAAAGCGAGGUGAAAGCUGCCAACGAUUCUUUUGAAGCAUUGUUUGCAGAAAUCCAGGCUCAAAAAGACUCGCUGGAAACCACGAUGCUUAAACUUCGGGACUGGAAGGAAGAGCUUGAACGUCUUUCGGACUGGUUACAACAGUGCGAAAUCCUUAUAAAGGCAGCCAAAACUACGCUGAUGAGUUCGCUCGAGGACAAAAAGAAACAAGUCGGCGACAUGAACGACGUCAUGGCCAAGUUGGAAGCUGGAAAUGCUCAGAUUACGAAAUUCAAUUCCGCCGCAGAGGAUUUAUUGACAUCGCAUCUCGACACAUACGUGGGAGGGCAGUUACGUCAACUCAACUCCCGAUACCAAGUUCAGUUGAAUGUUGGGAAGGAUGUGCUCAAAAAGGUGGAAGGAAACUUGGAACAGCAUCAGCAAUUCUUGAACAAUUAUGAAAAAGCGCAACAAUGGAUGGAAAAUGCACGGAAAAUAAUUAGUGAAUGUUCCGCUCACUCGAGUGGAUCCUCCUCCUCAGAGGCGCAAAAAGAACGGUUAAUUUCCGCAUUGGCCAAAAUCCAAGAGCUUGUGUCUCGUCAAGAGGAAGGGCAAAACUUUGUCCACAACACGGUCAGUUGGGGCGAGAAAUCACUUCGCAACACGCGAUCGGAUGGACGAGACAGGAUAAAUGAGCAGGUCAAGGAAGUCCAGUCAGAGUGGGAACGCGUCGUCAAGAAAUUGGCCUCUGCAAAAGUUAGUUUGGAAACGGCCAUGCUGCAAUGGGCGGACUACAACACGUCCUACUCACAAGUUAGUCAGUGGAUAUCUGACAGGGAAGCCAAACUUCAAAAGGUGGCUGAGCCCAAACCCAGCAGCAAGCAAAGAAGCAGCAGUUCCCGUAAGCGUCACCCAACUCCAGGAAUGAGUUCCGCCUCGAUCGGGGACAAAAAGCAAGCCCUACGGGCCACAAAUACCAUUGUCCAAGACAUUGUGAGUUUGGAACCCAUGAUUGAGAGCGUGACAUCCAAGGCGGAGAACUUGAUGCAAGAGUCAUCCCCCGCCUCAGAAAUCUCCACCAAAUACCAGUCCCUAACUAAACAAGCACAGGAAGUGUAUGCUCGCCAAAAGGAAAUCGUCGAACAACAUCAAUCGUUCGUGGAUUUGGCUGCAGAGUUCAUGAACUGGAUGCGGGCCGUAAAGGAGCGAUUGGCAAAGAUUUCCGAGCCUGUUGGAGACAAGGAGGUCCUUUCGAGCAAGAUCACUCAGCUCAAAGUGCUGCAGUCAGAACUACCCGAAGGGUCUGCCAAGUUGGAGGCUGCUCUUAUGAAGGGAUCCCAAGCCUGUGGAAUCGUGGACGGCGAAGAUCGCGAGUUGAUUGAGGAGGAGGUAGCCGUGCUACAAGAAGAAUUUGACACAUUCUCGGAAUCUCUAGGGAAAAUACAACAGCUUUUGGAAAUUGGUCUCGUUCGGUGGAAAGAGUGGGAGGACCAGCAUCGCGAAGGGUUGGAGUGGCUGAGUCAAACGGAGGAGCAAGUCAAGUCAUUCAACAAAUUGCAGAACACGUUGACAGACAAAAAGAACUCGUUAGAACAGUUUCAGGCCCAACUCCAAACAAUAUUUGACUGGCAAAAGGAAUUGGACAAGCUUAACCUCAAGGCGCAACUACUUCUCGAAACCUGUGCUGAUUCCAGAGUUAGUAAUGCCGUGACCCAGAUGAGCACCAAGUUUAGCGCUCUCUUAUCAUUGGCGAAAGAGGUGAUUCGUCGUCUCGAGUUGCACUAUCAGGAACACCAACAGCAUUCAGCCCUUUAUCAGGAAUGUCAGGACUGGAUUGACCGAACGAGAGAAAAAUUAAACCACAUUUCUGACCUCAACUACAAUCUGAGCGACGUCAACUCCCGUUUACAAUCUGUCAAAGGACUUAAACAAACUUUGGAACAAGGGCAGAAUAAACUCCGGUAUGCUUUAGAGCUCAAGGAAAAAGUCAUGCUCGCCACUGAGCCGAGCGGAGCCUCCAAAAUCGACGAAGACACCGAAUUGCUCAAGUCAGAGUUUGACCGCCUCAUGGCAGACAUUCAGGACAUUCGACAAAAACUGGCCGCCCGUGCCUCUCUCCUCGAAGAGUUGGACAAGGCGGACAAGUUAAUAGGCGACUGGUUACAAGAGUUGGAGCUCAAAAUAAAUGUGAGUGAGGGGAACCAGUACGUGGACCUGAGCGAGAAGAGGAGUUCCUUGGAAAAACUGCGUGGGAUUGAGAAGGAGGUGAUCGCCCAGUACGACAUGUUGCAACGACUGGAGACGAAGAUGGCGGAGGAACCUAACCUACCGAAGGAACCCUACAUGCCAACGUUUGCCCGCUACGACUACAUAAAAACCAACCUGGAAGGCCACAUUAAAAGAAUGGAAGGAGUGGUCAGGACUCACGAAGAUUAUUCCACCCAAUUAAACACCACCACCGACUACUUGCGUAAAUUGCGGAUGGAACUGCAAGCCUUUGGUGAAACACCCAACGCACAAAAAACAGAGGUUGAGAACAAGCUGAGAGAUCUGUCAAAGUUCAGUGACUCCCUGGCUGAAGCAGACUCGUUGGUAAAGACGACAAGAGAAAAAGGACAAAAUGCUAGCUCGGCUACAUCGUCGGAUGGAAAGGACGCCAUUUUUCAAGAAGUGCGACAACUCCAGUUCGAGCUUGACUCCCUUCAUGCCAUGUUCAAAGACCAACAAAAGUCUUUCAAAAAAUUCAUUGACGUUUGGAACGAGUUUGAGAAGGCAUUGGAAAGCGUGAAAUUACUAAUUUCGAGCUGUGAGGUGAAACUCAAAUCGGAGUUGGGUGGCGUGGAGCUGGAUAAAGCAACGCCAGAUGAUCUAGAAAGAUGCAAGGGGCUGGCGGCGGAGGUGAGUGGGAUUAAAGUACCGCUCGAAGAUUUGAGCGACAGAUGCGAGACUCUGCUAGAAUUUAGUUCCACACCAAGCAUUCGUGACGCUACGGUUCAACUUCAAAGCCAAUAUUCUACUCUUCUUCAAGGCGUGCAGGCCAUGUUGGUCAAGAUUCAAAAGAGCUUGUCGGAUCAUACCGACUUCCUCCAAGAGAUCAAGGAUCUCGAGGCGUGGUUGGAUCGAGCGGAAGGAACGCUACAAGACAGCUCGAAAUUUGGAACGGAACUUGCAACCAGAGAUAACCUUGAGACCGUCAAGUUGGUCUCAAUGCGUCUCACGGAAGGACAACACCUUCUCUCCCUCGUCCAGGACUCGUUUUCACGCGUGGCUGCACUAGUUCCAUCAGAACAACAGAUUUCCAUGCGUCAUGACGUGACUAGCCUGCAAACUCGAUGGGAGACACUCAACAUGGAUUUGAAGAAUGCACUCUCAGACCUCAAAACCGCUUGUCAACGAUGGGACGAAUUCAAAGACAACUGCGGCAAGUUUGCACGAUGGGCAGACGGGAUGGCGGACACUUUGAGAGAGAAGCCGUCCCACAAGGCCGAAUUGGGCGACAUGAAGACUCUGCUGGAGCGGUACAAGAAUCUGGAUGCGGAUUUGUUGGCUCAGAAAGGAGAGUUGGAGUCGCUGGAAGGCGAGGCUGACCAGUUGGUCCUCUGGUCUGGCUCGGAGGCUGUGAAACAGCCAAUCAACAAGUUCAAGCAACGAUGGGCAGGUUUUGAAUCGGAUGUGAAAGCUACGCAGAAGACGCUAGAAAAGGAGAUUGGAGAGUUCACCGACUACCAUAAUGGCCUCCAAGAGACUGAAAAGUGGUUGCUUCAGACGUCUUUCCAGCUCAUGGCGCACAACUCACUCUACAUCACCAACAGGGAGCAAACCUUGGACCAACUCGCGCUGCACGAAGCCUUGCUGGAAGAAAUUCAGGCUUACCAGCAGACGCUGGAGGAUGUAAAGUCCAAGGGGAGGAGACAGGUCGAGCGAUAUGUUGGAGAACAGCCGAGUGUGCAAACCACGAUAGAGAAACAGCUCAAAAAUGUGCAAGACUCGUACGACUCUCUGCUGCACACUGGGCACCAAAUAAAGAAGCGACUGAUGGAGUCACUCGCAAAAUUCCAAGAAUAUGAGGAUGCACUCGAAAGCAUCAUGCAGAAUUUGGACAAGUGGGAGCCGGAAAUUGAUCACAAUCUCGAAGAGCCGAUUCAAAACGUUGAUGCUUCGUCAAAACGGCUCGACUACAUUCGAACCACGCACAAUCGCCUUCAGGGCGAGAAGAGUAGACUGUGUUUGGCAGUUCAGGCAUGUGAAGCAGCCACAGCGACCUUGUCCCGUCCAGCGUCCCCACAAGAGGCCAUUCUCCAGCCAAUUCCAGAUAAAGAACUUGUGGUACGAGGACGGUUGGAAGACCUAAUUGACAAGCCAGAGCAUGUGCGUGCUACUCAGGUGGCGUUGGUGACGGCAAGUUUACCUGCUGGACCGCACCCACCCGUUGCUGCAAGUUCAUCUUCUCAUUCGUCGGUCAUCAUUUCCAAAAUUGACCAAAUUUGUGACAAGAUCCAGACACACAUGGCACAAUUGUCCAGUGCGAGCGUAGAGUUGGAAGAGGUUCGUGGGAACAAGGAUGUGAUAGCGCGAUGGGUGGAGGAUUCGCUUAAAAAGUUGAAAGAAAUCCAAAACCGACCAGCCAAGCUCCGACCGGACACGGCACAAGUGGAAAUGAACCAGUUGCAAGACAUUCGCCAGGGCGUCGUUGACCGCAUGUUGCAAUUGACUGAGGUGGAAGUUCAAGAGGCUGGUCUUGUUCAAUCCAAAUACCUUCCACACCUCUCUGAUCAGCUUUCUAGUCUGGACUCGGAAGUCUCAAAGGUGAUCGAUUCACGACUCGACGUUCACGCCAAGAUCAACGACUACCGCAACGCUCUUGCCCACUUAUCCACUUGGUUGGAGGAAAUGGGCAACAAACUUGAUCCCCUCGAAAAGGGUGGUGGUCUAACUCUUCCCAAAAAGAAGGACUAUGCGACUGCGAUGGAGGUUGAACUGAACGCUGGGUCCCCACGGGUUGAUGAGGUCAAGAGGACGGCAGAGGAAAUCAUGCCGUCCCUGUCAAACGUUGACGCACAGGUGGUGGAAGAGCAGCUCAAAAGCGUGGACCGGAGAUACGGGGAAAUGAAGAAAAGAAUCUCGAGGAAGAAACAGAUUCUCGAAACCACUGCCAAAUCCUAUCACGACUUUCAAGUAGACUCACAGCAGGUGAAAGAUGAAAUUGAGGCCAAGAUGGGAGAAGGGGAUGCAAAGCGUGGCUUUGAAAUCGGCCUUAUGGAAGAUCACCAUCAACGACUCAAGGCCGCCUUGAAAGAUGUCGAGGGAAAACAGACGAUUUUGGACACGUUAGACCGUCGGCUGACAACUCUGCAACCGGAGCUAGAGGAGGGAGAGAUCAUCGAGGCAGAAAAUUCGCUCGCAGAAGUGGUCAAACUCCACUCCACCGCCUGUGACACCCUUAGACAAAGACUGAGAGAGCUUGCGGAAGAGUUGGGGUCCAAGAGGAAGUUUCUCGACAAGCUGGAGCGAGCCAAGAGUUGGGUGAUGAAAAUGGGAAUGGAAGUUGACGACAACCAAAUAUUUCCACUCCAAUCCACUGACCUCUCCAAACGAAUCGAACUAUUGAAGAAGCACCAAAGUGCGGUCAAAGACUUUGGUGAUGGUCCCCUAGCUGAAAUCAAGCGGGAGGGACAGGGAAUGCAAAAGGAGUGCAAUCCAGCACAGCAGACGGAACUAGUUGGAAUUAUCUCAAACUUGGAGAGUUCCAAGGGAAAGUUACACUCGGAUAUGGAUUCCCUCAUUGCCAAGCUUCGUGAUGCCCUACGAUCUCGAGAAGAGUUUGAGGCAGGUUGUGAAAAGUGUCAAAACUGGUUGAGCGAGGCAGAAACUGCUCUCGCCUCUGACCUCAAAGGUUCCUCCAAUUUGAAAGUUUUAGAGGAACAAUGUGCCAAAUACUCGAAACUACAGGACGAAGCCACAGCGCUGGGGCCAGAACUUUCCGUUAUUAUGGAGAAAAGGAAAGCUCUGCUGCCCAGCCUCAAGGAACCCGAUCGUCACGUGGUUUCCGAUAGGGUGUCAUCACUCACGUCGAAAAUGUCGCUCCUCUCCUCUUCCAUACGCGACAAGUUGGGAGCUCUCCAGACGGCCAUUCAAGAGUUUGCAACAUUUUCCAACAUCAUUGAGGAAGCGAUUCGUUAUACGAAGGACGUCAGAGAUCAGGUCAACAACCUUAACAAACCAGUUGGGUCUGCUCUCGAAGACUCCCAAGGUCUUUUGGCAUCAUAUGAGAAACUGCUGGACGAGUUGAAAGCCUACCGGACUAAACUAGACGGACUAAAUCUUCCUAGUUUCAAACGGCGAGGGGAACUGCAGAGUGUGAUGAAGGAACAAGACGACCUCAUUUCACAAAUAGAAUCACAAAUUCAACGCCUACGUCACCUUCUUCUUCUUCAGCAGCAGUACCAGUCCCUCAUCACCGAGAUUACAAACUUUAUCAUCAAGUACGAAGAACUCGUAGGCGAAGUGGAGAAAGUGGGAGACACCGUCGAGGAGAAAGUCAAACGCUACACGGACAUCUUCACGCGAGUCCAAGAGUGUGAGGCCCAGCUCUCGUCCGCAACUGACAAGGGUGCACGUAUCGCGGAAGAAGGGACAGUGUCUGACCGAAACGCAAUCACUGAGCAGUUGCAGUCUCUUAAACAACAGUUGCACAAUCUUCGUCGCAUCGUUGAAAUGAAACGAGCAGAGCAGGAACUUGCUCUGGCUGAGCAUAAAAAGUAUGCGGCAGAGCUGGACGGUGUCAUUGGGGAUCUACAUGAGAAAGAGACGAUCAUCCGGUCCAGACCAUUGCUCGAGAGGCCUGCCGCCAGCGUUGACCUCGAGUUGAGGAGACACGAAGAACUCGUGGCAGACGUUAGUCAGAAACUUCAGCAGAUUUCCGCCAUUGAAGAGUUGCUUCGACCGGAGGAGGUCGGACUGCCUCCAACGCUCGUUGAGAAACUCAGCGAAACUCGGCUUCUAUUAAAAACCCUGCCGUUGGAGCUCCAAGACCGCAACUUGUACUUGGAGAGCAACAAGGCCCUUCGAACUCAGUAUGAAGAAUGUGUGGCUGGAAUUGAGACCUGGAUUAAGGAAGCUAACAAACGACUCCUUUCCUCCGACGGAGGUCUCGACAUGGAGAAUAUAUUUGCAAACAUUUCCGCACACAAGAGCUUUCUUGGAAAUGAAAAGAUAAUUCUGGGCCAAGUUCAGGCGAUGAAGGGUCAGGUGGACAAAAUGUGGCCCUCCCUCAUUCCUUCGGAACAAGAGACCCUUCGAAAGGAACAGGACGAGCUGAUUGAACGGGUUCAAAAUACCUUCAACUCGGCGAAAACCCAUCACUCUCACCUCGAGCAGAAUGCUAUAGUCUGGAAAAAUUAUUUGGACUUACUCGCCGUUGUUCAGGGCGUGAUUUCCAAGGCGGAACAUCCCGACGAACCGGCCACCACUCUCACUGCCCUUCGAACCAAUUUAGCCAAUAUCCAAAACACUUAUGCCGCCCUCAACACCCAGCAACAGGAGUUGGACAACUUUAACGAGCGAUCCAAGAGUGUCGAGACAGAGGCAGACUUGUCGAAUCGAGAGCGUAUACGAGGACAGACGGAAAUUUUGAACGGUAGGUGGAUGGAAGCCAUGGCUGCUCUGGACUCCAGGAAGGACGCCAUUUCCAAACUUGUGACUCAGUGGGAGCAAUGCGAGUCCUUGUGGCAAGCAUUUGAAGGAGGUUUGUCUGGAAUUGAAGAACAAUUUUCCCAAAUUGACCCCUCGAUCCGAUCUCAGAGUCAGCUUCAGGAGACGAAGGAAGCAAUUUCGUCCAUUUUGGAGAAAGCGGUGGCGCUCGGCCCCGUGCACAAUAAUCUCCUUCAAUACGCCCAAUUCAUUCUGGGUCAUCUCCAACACACAUCCGACAUUUGCUACUCCACCCUCAAAUCCAAACUGGAACAUUUGUCAACGCAGUACAGCACUAUCCUUAAACUCCUGAAGGAGAAGAUGGACUGGUUGAAUAAUCAGGACGCAUUUUUGUCCGAGAUUGACACAACGAUUGAGGGAUUACAGCGACUGGUGGACAACUUGGAGAGCGGGGUUGACGCUGUCAAUCCAUUCAAUCCUGAUGUUCCCAGUCUGCACACAACACUCGAGAACUUGGGACGCCAAGUGGUAGCAGGAGGAAAGUCGGUCGCAGAUUUUAGCACAAAAAUCAAGGAAAAGUUUUCUUCCCUGAAACAAGUUCUGCCAACUUCCAUUGGGAAGAGUAUUUCCAAUUUGGAAGUGGAUGUGGAGCGAAUCGGUGGCAAUUUGGAGGAAAAGAAACAAGCCGUCACACGCGCCGCUGCCACUCGCCAUGAAUUCAAGAACGACUUGGACGCCGUGAAGAAAUGGAUGGUCGAGUCAGAAGACCGGCUCCAAGGACGAAGUCAAGAACCCCAUUUGCUCAAAGAAGUCAUUCAAAGCUUACAAUCUCAACUCCCUCCGAUUGUGGACAAAUUUGAGAAAGCUCAGAAGAACGGAGGGGUCAUUGUGGACAGGACAACGGACGAAGAAGAGAGAGCGAGCGUGAAGAGUGCCCUCGAGUCUAGUGGUGCACAAUUGGACCGGAUUAAGGCAGCCAUUGACGAAAAGAGAACAAAGAUCGCUGAGUCGAUGGAUUCGUGGCAGCGUUUUCUCCAACUUCAUGCCCAAGUCAACAAUUGGUGCCAAGAUAAAAAGGGUCUCAUGACGGAGCCACUCGUCCUCAACUCCCUCACCGAAACGAGACAAAAACUUAACGUUUAUGACAUGGCUUCGAAAACAUUGAAGACUGUGAACAAGCAAUUGAGCGAAAUGGGGAAAGAAAUUGACAAAGUGGGAGAAACUUCUUCGACAGCCCCUCUUACAGAAAAGUUUGAGGAAGUGGAACACAGAAAAAUUGAGAUUGAGGCACAACUACUGGAAAGGAAUGCCCUUCUCCAAGAAACGACCGAGGAAUGGGAACAGUGCGAACGAAAGUUGCGAGAGACGCAGGCCUGGUUGGAAAAGACAAAGCAAGGUCUUGAUACUGCGGCCGGCAAAAGGAAACCUCUCCGUGACCAGCUCACCGCUCGGGACAAGGUGCUCGCCGACGUGGCAGUCCAACGAACCAAAAUAGGGCUGGCUGUGGAAAAACUGCAGGUUCAUUUCAAGGCUGGAAUCAGUGGUGUCCCCAACGUGGCGAAAGAAGCGGCCGAUAUGCAAACUCAUCUGAAUGGCUUUGAGAGUGAAGUGAAGGCUCAGUGCACCGCAUUGGAGGCUGCAGUUGCCGAAAUUGAUAAAAUUCAAGAGGAACUGCAACAGUUGCGAAGUGAGUUGGGACAAGCGGAACAACAACUUCGCAACGUGAGCAGUCCCGGCUAUCUGCCCAACGACCGAGAGAGAGCCGAGGGGGAACAAAAGAGCUUGCGGGAUCGGGUGAAGGGGAUCCAGUCCAAGAUCACGGCACGCAACGAGCGCAUCAAACUCCUCCUUCUCCACGGAUGAGUUUGGUCAAUAUUCACAAUUCUAAUAUUCCCCACUCUUCGCACCUUCGAUCGCUGCAACCACCAUUCCAGGACGACCACUAAGACGACGAAACGAGGAGGAGGAGGACACACACUGCCCUCGCUUUAAGUGCUUCUUUAUUUAAAUUUUAAACAGACAAUACACUCAUUUGUUCUUAUUUGCUCAUGAUUUGCCACGUAAGUAGGAUUACGUAUGUAGAUAUUAUUGAUUAUAUGGUGCUCGUGUACCCUUCUUCUUCUGCUGCUGCUGCUGACGGUGCUACAUAAGUACAUAUCAUAUUAUUGCUACAUUAUUACUAUUGUAUGCUCUUGUAGUUUAAAUAAAUUCGGGACGAGAAAUCAA